GGGCUCAGAUCCGGCGCCCGCCCUUUGAUUGGCUUAAACUCGCGAUCCCCGCCCUCUCAAGGCUGGCGCUGGCUCCGCCCCCCACCCGGAUUCCCGCCCUCGAAGGCAGCGCCGCCGCGGCUGCUACGCAACCCCAUGUAUCCGGAAGUGAGGAUGCACUUCCGGGUUGAGCGGCCUGCUUCCCCCUCCCCCAAGAUGGCGGCGCCCAUGUCCCUGCUGGUGGAGUUUGGAGGUGGAGCAGAGCUCUUGUUUGAUGGCAUUAAAAAACAUCAGGUGACCUUGCCCUGUCAACCAGAGCCUUGGGACAUCAGAAACCUGCUAAAGUGGAUCAAACAGAAUCUAUUAAAAGAGAGACCAGAAUUAUUUAUUCAGGGGGACACCGUGCGACCAGGAAUUUUGGUGCUCAUCAAUGAUGCAGACUGGGAACUAAUGGGCGAGCUGGAUUAUAAACUCCAGGACCAGGAUAAUGUGGUUUUCAUCUCAACAUUGCAUGGUGGUUGACUCUUGGAAGACACAAGGACAUAAAACAAAAACACUGGAGGAGAACCCUCAUGACUUUUGAACUGUCUCUGCCUCGCUUACAAGCCAUGGCAAAUCAUUUACGCUGUCAUUAGGCAUACAAAUAAAGCCCAUGCCAGUGACUGGCCUGGCAUGCACUUCA